CUUUUGCAAAGCGUCCUAAGCUGACGUCAGCCCGGUACCGAUGAACAGCCGGUAGCGUUGAAGAGAACUGUAAGGCUGCCCGUCGUUUGUAGCUUUGUCCGCUAACCCCCUCCCUGUCAAACGUGCAAACAUCAUGCCUUUCGAUGUUAGGAGAUUCGAUAUCUACAGGAAAGUGCCAAAAGAUCUCACCCAGCCCACAUACACAGGAGCAUUCAUUUCCAUUCUCUGCUGUGUCUUCAUACUUUUCCUGUUCCUAUCUGAGCUGACGGGAUUCAUAGCCACUGAAAUAGUAAAUGAACUGUAUGUGGAUGAUCCUGAUAAAGACAGUGGUGGGAAGAUAGAUGUGAGUUUAAACAUCAGUUUGCCAAACUUACACUGUGAUUUGGUAGGUUUGGACAUCCAGGAUGAGAUGGGCCGCCAUGAGGUCGGUCACAUUGACAACUCCAUGAAGAUUCCUCUCAACCAGGGUGACGGUUGUCGCUUUGAGGGAGAAUUCACCAUCAACAAAGUACCAGGAAACUUCCACGUUUCGACACACAGCGCUACUGCACAGCCCCAGAGCCCUGACAUGACACACACCAUCCACAAACUGGCCUUUGGGGAAAAGCUUCAGGUACAAAAAGUACAAGGAGCCUUCAAUGCGUUGGGAGGGGCCGACAAGCUCUCAUCUAAUCCUCUGGCCUCUCAUGACUACAUACUGAAGAUUGUUCCAACAGUGUAUGAAGACCUGUCAGGCAGACAGAGGUUCUCCUACCAGUACACGGUAGCCAACAAGGAAUACGUUGCUUACAGCCACACGGGCAGGAUCAUCCCGGCCAUCUGGUUCAGAUACGACCUCAGUCCAAUCACGGUCAAGUACACAGAGAGGAGACAGCCCUUCUACCGCUUCAUCACAACAAUCUGUGCCAUUGUUGGAGGGACGUUCACAGUCGCAGGCAUCAUCGACUCCUGUAUAUUCACCGCUUCAGAGGCCUGGAAGAAGAUCCAGAUAGGAAAGAUGUCAUGAGGAUCGCUCCUCACCUUACCCAACACAUUUUAUUUAUAAGUGCAAAGUUGCUAGCCUGUUAGCUAAAUCCAGUUCUGCUCGAACCAACUUCCUUGUGGAGAUUGUAUCACCGUGACCAAUGAAGUGGCUCCGGCACUCGAUCUAACUACCAGGCUACACGCCACUACUGCACCUCAGUUACUGGGGCUCCUCUCAGGCUCCCAUCUGCUCUGCUGACGUGUGGACGCUGACUAUCACAUGUCUGCUUCCUGCAUCUUCAGUGUCAGGAGAGGAGAGGAGGGGGAAGCUUUUUUGUUACUGUGGAGAUGAAAUCUAAAGUACUGUGUGUCAGGGUUCAACCAGUAUGGGUGUUUUGAAGGCUUCAGCUGAUAUUUUUAGAAUGAAGUAAAAAAAAAAAAAAAAAAAUAGCUGAGAUUUGUGCUGAUAUUCACAUAUUUUAAAUAUGAUCAAGCAGCACAUGACACAAAUCUGUGCACUACACGUGUUCAAUCAUAGGGAAAUUUUCAGAUCAUGGCUGAAUGAUUUACAGAUUUAAAAAAGUGGGUGAAAUCAAAAUGUAUUAUUUACUAUUUUCUAUUUUCAGCCCAAUCUAUUUGUCAACCUGAAUAUCACUGUUUAUUUCCCAGUACUGAAAAAGGGACUGAUUAUUUGAAGGAAGUGUUGUUCUUUUCUAUAAACCUGUACCACAAAAAUACAUUUUCUAUCACGUAACGUGAGUUUUUUUUCUUCCAAUCUGACAUUUAAUCUCCAGUAUUCAAACUGUGUGCCUUUGGGUUUGCUGUUCCACCAUACAGGAUUACAUCAGCUCUUCAUUAUUUCAUUGUUUCAGUGGCUGCCACUAAAACCAGUAUUUUCACAGGUUCUUUCAUGCAUGUUACAGAUACAGUAUCUUAGAUUAGGGGUUUCUUUUAAUACAGCGAUCAUUGUGUACCUUUCAUUUCAUUUACACCAAAUAUUUCCUCAACGCUGUUAAAGGUCCUAGAUUUGACUGUUUCCAUUCCAUUUCAGUGAUUGCAAAAAAAAUAUAGUGAAUGUCUUGUUUUUGCUAAGAAAUAAAUUGAUUUUUUUUUUUUUUUUUACAUGGUACCUGAAUUUGUUUACUGAUUGUUAAUCCAUGAAGUUAUUGUUAUAUAAAUUGUGAAGAAGGUUUGGUUUUGUAAGGAGAGAACAUGUAGGCCAAGAUGUUUUUCCUCUUUGGUCAUUAUUUUUCUUUUUAUACUAUUGUUACUGCAGCGUCUCUGAUCAAGGACGGUGAUAAUCACAAGCCCUGGUAUAACUGGUCUUUCUACUGUAAAGGUCAUCCAUUUCCUGUUGUGUCUCAAAUUACUCUGUAAUGCUAUGUGUUCCUCAAGUAAAGGUACCAUAGUGACACUAA